UGGAGUGUCGAAAAAUUAAUAAUGGCGACGACGUCUUGUAAAUAUAAAAGAAAUUGAAGAAAAGCAAUUUCUACGGUGCGAAUUGAUCGAAGGUAUCGCGAAAUAUAAAAACUAAAGUAAAGAUGCGCAUUGCGCACUACAAAAUGCGCAGAGAUUUAUUAAAAAAAUUAAGUUUUUAUAUAUUUUACUUCUUCUAAAUAAGAAAAAUGAGGGAAGUUUGAAAAAUAGAACUUGAAGACAUUUUAUUAGGAAAUAUCCCAUUAGAGGGAAACUAAGAAUACCAGACGUUUGAAAAAGAAUAAAUCUAUAAGGUAUUUUCCAAAGUGCAAGGAAACCUAAAAAACAAAGAAGACAUACACAAAAUACACACUGCGAAAGCUGAUGCACAAUAAAGGCGGAAACUAUUUUAAAGGAAGGCGAUGAAUCGAAAAUGCGAAUGGGAAUAAUUGCGUCAAAAAUAAUAUAAACUAAUUACCAUUAGAAGUAAUAAGCAGUUAAACUGGACACUUAUUACUAGUAACGUAUCGACCAAAAGGCGGAUGCUUUUGAAUGUCCUAAAAUUGUCAUCAUUGCUACAGAAUAUAUCAACGCACCAUUUAUGUGGUAUUAGUCAACAACACUAUUAUCUUGCAGUACCUUUGUAAAUACUAACGCCAUUCUUGUAGAAUUCAAGUGGGCGGGGCGUGUGAAAUACACAUCUCCAGCUUUGUCGGUGCAGUGUCUCAAAUUCAGCAAAGUGGCGCGAUACGGGUACGGACAAGCAGCGUCUCGCUCCAUGUUUUCCCGACGCUUGCGACGACGUGUACGAGAAUUAACGGCCCGCCAGCAUCGUACGUGCAUACGUAAAGUGGCUAAAAUUCCGAAUCCCAACGCUAAAAUAUUGUCACGGCCCCUUGCAAUAAAAGUGUGGUCGAGUGUGGGGUUAGCACAAUUACUACCAUAUCCUCAUUAUCAGCAGAAACUAAAGCCACUCCAAAGGCAGCUUUUGGUUAGCCUUUUAAGGAUUUAAGCAUGUAGUCUGAUUCUAAAUAAAAUAAUAUAAUAGUGCAAAAGAGAACACAUUCAAAGGUAUAAUAGUGCUUAUCCAAUCAUAAUUAAAAAGUCAGCAAAUACACUUUAGUGCAUAAAACAAUCAGAAUUCAAAAAAAAACUGCACCAUUUACUAAAAGUCACUUAACCAAAUAGAAAAUCACAACCAAAUUAUUUAAUGUUUUGCUUAAAUACGGCAAAUAAGCGGGUGUGAAAAGUGGCAAAAAGAAUUAUUCUCCUAAAAUACGUAAAACGUAGGGUAAUUUGUUUUUUCUUAAGGUCACUUGAGCGAAUAGAAAUUAACUGUUACCAAUGAAAUAUGUCACAAAGAGGUAAACGCGGUAAUCAUCAACAUCAUCAACGACUCGACGUUGAACCACAACCUCCGCCAACAAAACGGCGUAAAGGUCGGCCGCCUAAUGGAGGUGGUGGAAGUAAUGGUAGUGGCAGUGGCGGCAGUGGCGGCGGCGGAGUUGGAAACGGACUUAAUGGCAACAGUGGCGGCGCAAACGGUGGCAGCCAUAGUGGAAGCAUAGCAGGUGGUGUACCCUCAAACCUGCCUUAUACCGUGUCUUCUAUAAGCAAUAGUAAUGCCGAAAAUGAGCAAAACAGUGUGGUAGCUUUGGUACCCGACGAAAUGUCUGCAUUAGCUUCCACAAGCGCUAAAGUAGCUGCCAGCCAGGGAUCCUCUUCCUCAGCGGCAGCAUGGCAACCGCGCUCCGUGGCUGAUAUUAAAAUUUCAAGUAUUUACAAUCGAAGUUCAACAGAGGCGCCGGCUGAACUCUAUCGCAAGGAUCUCAUAAGCGCAAUGAAAUUGCCGGAUUCAGAGCCUUUGGCUAAUUUCGAGUAUCUUGUAGUGAAUGAUCAAUGGAAGCAAGAGUGGGAAAAAGGUGUGCAGGUGCCUGUAAAUCCCGACUCUUUGCCAGAGCCAACUGUUUACGUGCUGCCAGAACCAAUAGUGCCGCCUGCGCAUGACUUCAAACUUCCCAAAAAUCGCUUCCUGCGCAUAACCAAAGACGAUACCUACUCGAGUGAGUUACAUUGUCUGACAAAUGUGGUUGCGCAAGCAGAGAAUACAUGUGCCUAUGACAUUGAUCCAGUCGAUGAAGCUUGGCUGCAAUUACUCAACUCUGAUCGUGCACAGUACGGUGCCUAUUCUAUUACGGAGACGCAAUUUGAGCGCGUCAUUGAAGAAUUAGAGAUCCGAUGUUGGGAGCAAAUACAGGUAAUCCUGAAAAAUGAGGAAGGUCUUGGUAUUGAGUAUGAUGAAAAUGUCAUAUGCGACGUGUGCCGAUCUCCCGAUUCUGAGGAAGCAAACGAAAUGGUAUUCUGUGAUAAUUGCAAUAUUUGCGUACAUCAGGCAUGUUAUGGUAUUACAGCGAUUCCAUCAGGACAAUGGCUUUGUCGGACGUGUUCGAUGGGUAUUAAACCGGAUUGCGUGCUUUGUCCGAAUAAGGGAGGCGCAAUGAAAUCAACAAAAUCAGGCAAACAUUGGGCGCAUGUUUCCUGUGCACUAUGGAUACCUGAAGUAAGCAUUGGUUGUGUUGAUCGCAUGGAACCCAUUACCAAGAUUUCGAGCAUUCCAUCGAGUCGUUGGGCCCUUGUUUGCAUACUGUGUCGAGCACGCGUUGGUGCAUGCAUACAGUGUUCAGUGAAAACCUGUAAGACCGCCUACCACGUGACUUGCGCAUUUCAGCAUGGCCUUGAGAUGCGUGCAAUUAUUGAGGAGGGUAACGCGGAGGAUGGUGUUAAACUGCGUUCCUAUUGUCAAAAGCACAGCGUUAGUAAGGGCAAAAAAGAGGGCAGCGGAACGCAUGCCAGCAGCACAAAUAAACUUAACAGUACACAUGGUGCAGCUAAUGAGGAGGACGAUUGUCGGCGACGAAAGAGUCGUAAAUCAGAUAUGACUUCGGAGGAGCGUAAUCAAGCGCGGGCUCAACGUUUGCAGGAAGUUGAGGCGGAGUUCGAUAAGCAUGUCAACAUUAAGGACAUCAGUUGCCAUUUAUUCGAUGUGGAUGAUGAUGCCAUCGAAUCAAUUUACAAUUACUGGAAGCUUAAACGCAAAUCCCGUCAUAAUCGUGCUCUGAUCCCACCCAAAUCUGAAGACGUAGAGAUGAUAGCCCGUAAGCAGGAGCAACAGGAUCUCGAAAAUCACAAGUUGGUCGUGCACUUACGUCAGGACUUGGAGCGUGUAAGAAAUCUUUGCUAUAUGGUUAGUAGGCGUGAAAAACUUUCACGAUCACUCUUUAAGCUGCGAGAGCAGGUGUUUUAUAAGCAAAUUUCAGUGCUUAGCGAUGAGAAUUUGCGGGAAGGUGGUAGUGGUGUUUCCAAUGUGCCCAGUGCGGCGAUUGAUGCUAAUAUUGAUGAUAGCUUCAAAAACGCCGUAAUUUAUGCUAAUGAUGGUCCAACGCUGUACGAUAGGUUUUAUUCAUCGAAUAGCGGUGAAAGUAUUCCAGCACAGUAUCAAAAUAUUAACUUCAUUUUAGAGAAGCUUAUAGGUAGUGUGAAAGGAAGUAAGGGAACCGGCAGAGGGGCCGGUGCGCGCACAUCUACAUCACCGACAAAACGGAAAACGACACAAAGUUCAGCGACGACAGGGGCAAGCAAUGCAACCGCGAAUUCAAACUCGACGUUUGCACCUACUUCGGCAGGUAGCAGUCGUGCAAAUAGUAAUAAGCUUUCGCCAAAUAAGAAAGUAAACAAUGGUGCAAUAGCAAUGACACAAGCGAGCAGUGUGGGAGUGCCGACAUCAGCAACAAUAGUGGGUAAUGAAAAGCAGGUAAAUUCUAGUCGCCGCAUCUCAACCGGCGAUCAUGGUGGUGGUGGAACGGCAAUUGGACCUGCGACGAUCACAGCGGUGUCGGAGAAAGGUCGUGCUUCAGUUGCCAAAACAAAUACACUCGGCCAUUCGGCGACGAAUAUCAGAUCGACGACAGCGGACCCACGUUCUCGUGGUUCAAAAAGUGGCAAUGUUGGUGCAAGAAAAAUCACAGCUAAAAUAUUGGCAAAUAACUCCGAUGGUAGUAGCCAUACGACUAAUAACAAUUCGUCAGGGAGUUCAUCCUCCGGUGAUGAUGACUCGUCAUCGGAGGAAGAAGGAACGUCAACCGAUUCGGGCAGUUCUGGUUCCGAUGAUGAAUCAGACUCUGGCUCAUGCACAUCUGCAUCGACAUCAAGUGCAGGCAGCGAGGCGCAAUCCGUUAGAGCAACGGCAGCAGCAGCUUCGCGAAAAUUAUCACCUACCAAACCAAGCGCAACAACUGCCGCUGCGACAGUUUCGAAUCAAAAUCAGAAGAAGCAAACUUAUGCGCGAUCCGUGGAAUUGCGGCAGAAACAGAGAAGAAAAAGUGGUAGCAAUAUCACCGCUGCCACGGGAGCGGGACGAGCCGAGGAUGCAGCAACAACAGUGUUGUCCAGCUCAAGUGAUGACGAACAGGAUAACCAAUCAGUACCUGCCAAACACCAACAACAGCAACAGCAAUCUAAGUCAACAAAGCAAAACAAUAUUAGUCCGAAAAAGUCUACUAGCCUCAGCACAACAAGUACAGCCGCGGCAGCAGUGUCAGGGGCACAAACAACAGCAACUACAACGACCACAGCAAAUCGUGGACGAGACUUCCUAUCACAGAUGGCCAAACAGUUGCAACAGGAGAAGGGCUCUGAGAGUACAUCCAGCGAUGAAAGUGAGGAGCUGUUGCCACUAAAGGCUGCCGAUAGAAAUGCCAACGGAGCGAGCAGUGCAGCAGUAUCAACUACUGUCGUAUCAUCGAUUUUGACGGGGCGCAUGGCGUCGACCGUGCAACAAAUAUAUUCUGAUUCUGAGAGUAUUUCUGGUGGCGAGGCCGAUAAAGAUGAACGAGCUGUAGAAAGUAAUGUGAGUGACUCACAAAAUCAACAAACCAUACGCACGAAGGCGGCACUAAAGGAGUUUACAUUGCAACAACAACAACAGUCAUCUACAGCAUUGAGUAACCGCGGAAAGAAGGUGUCGUCGUUAAAAUCGACAAGUACACAAAGGACAAUUGAAAGAAAGUCAGAUAAAAGAUUGUCAAGUGGCAGCGGCUUAAAUAAGUCAACAACCGAAGCUCAAAGUCGAGGGAAAAAGGCCAGUGCAGCGGCUAUUGAGCGGCAAAAUAAGCUAACGGCAGAUUUGUUGGUCGUACCACAGCGACAGGCGGCAAAGAAGGCAUCUGAAAAUAUGCGUUCGACAAGCAUUUAUACGACUUCUGUGUUAGUAACGGCUGGUUCUGCGAGUACAUUAUUCCCCACAGAGCGUGAUACGGCAGAAAAGGCGAAAGAUCAGCGUUCAGAUAAAGAAAGCGAGAGAUCAAGGAGAGAUCAAAAGGAUAUUGGCACGAAGAAUGAGGAUAAAGCAGAAAAGUUUCGUUCAAAGGAUAAAAACCUUAGCAGUGGUGGUAUAAAGACUACAGAAUCCGAGUUAAAAGAAAAAGAAAGAGAAAAGGAACGAAAUAAAGAAAAAGAAAAAGAAAAAGAAAAAGAGAAGGAGAGGGGAACAGGGAAGCGCGGCCGACCACCGAAGACAACGCGUGACUCAGAAACCAUUGCUAGAGCCAUAUCAGCACAGAAGGACGGCGAACAAGUUUCUAAAAAUGACUCCUGUUCUCCGAAUCGAGCUCGAAGGGAUGAUAAGAAUGUCGGAAAAACUGUAGAACAGCAUAAUGCCAAAUCUGUACCCACAAGUGCGGACAGAAGUGAACGUAUUUCCAUAGAUCACAACAUGGCUGAUGCUAUAAAGUCUGGCGUGCCAACGACGCUGAAAGCUAAUGACCUGAAAGGGAAUAAUAUUCUUGUAGCAUAUGUGCCCCAGAGGCAAGCUGCUAAAAAAGCAGCUGAACAACUUAAGAGCAGUGGCAAACCUCCUGCUGUAAGUGAAACGACGCAGGAUGAUAAGGAUCGCUUGGAACGCAGUGAAAAGGAAAGCAAAUUAAGAACACCCGAGAGUCGUAUUGCACGUAUGCCGCCUUUACGACGCAUGUCCAUGCGUGAGAGUACUUCCAUAGCUUUAAAAGAAACUGUAACGCCUAAGACACCCACAAGUAGCCGACGACGCUCUAAGGAUACAUCUGUCGAAACAACAUCACAACAACAGCAACAAACUCCAACGAAGAAAACAAUAGUGGCAACGGCAUUGUCGGAAUCUUCAAGUUCUGGUACAGAUGGUAGCACCAGCUCAUCAUCUUCGGGUGGUAGUACCGGUAGCGGUAGCAGUAGUGACUCGAGUGAUGCAGAAAGCGAUGCUGUUGCUGAGGGAGAAGAACGUCUUACCCGCGCAUCUGCAGCUAAUAAGCGUUCUCCGCGUAAAUCGAUUGACAAACCGCCAGCUGUGACUCGACAGAACUCAUCCUCGAAUAUCACCACUCAAGGCGCAGUUGCCGCUACAAAGUCGCCCAAGAGCACCCCUCAAAAGCAACUGCGACGUAAUAUUAGUAAUACUAGCAGCAGUAGUGGCAACGUAGUCGCACCAGAUGAGUCUGCGCCAGAAAUUAAACAGCAUAAAUUGACUAAGCGUAAAUUAUCCUUGGAUGAUAAGGCAAAGAAGCCAGCAACACUUAAGGCUACUGAUUUUGCUAUUGUUGUAGACGAUGAUGAUGAAAGAGCUCCACCAACACAACUCAAUUCGAUGCGUACACGCGCAAUGCGUCGUUCAAAAUCAGGCCCAUCCUCCCCUCCUCAUUCAUCGCAAUCGACGACUGAUCCAGAUAAAAAAUUCGAACAAAAGGUCCAAUCAAAGUCACCGAAGACAGGGUCUUCAACUUCUGAUCGCAUAUCUGAGAGCGACAGUGAAAAGAAUAAAACCGUAUUAACUUUAACAGAGGAAAUAACGCAACGCAAGGCUUCAAACAGCAAUUCUAACAGCUCCACCGCAGCAAGUCAACAGGGAAAUAGUAAAAAUCAGAACAAAAAUCAAGGUGCCUUGGAUAAACUAUUAAAUAAAUUAGAGCAAGAGGCAAGCAAAAGUUCGACAUUCAAUGCAGUUGACUCUGUGGCACCACUGCCGGUAUCACUGCUCCCAACAAAUAUUGUUGUAGAAAAAACAGAUACCAAAGAAAGAACGCCUACUCCAAUUUUACCAGUCAUAGAUAUUUCAUCCAUUCCUCCACCUAAGCCUCUAAAAAUUAUCAUUGACACGAAAAAUGAAAGCGGUGAAGUACCAAUGGAUAUUGAUGAAGAGCUAACCACGGCACCUACUCAUACCACGUUACCAUCAAGCAAGAUUUGUGAACUGGAGGAUCUGGAUGAGCGACCACCAGCAGCCCCCAUGCCCGCCUCGCCCCCAUCUGCAACAUCAGUGUCAGAUGAUGAGCUUUCUAAUGCUUCAAAUGAACAGAAUUGCGUUACUGGUGGCCGAAGACGACGACGUGUACAUCGAAGGCAUCGACGAACGCGACCUGGAAGUCCCCCCCUGUCACCGGAAGAGGAACAUACACAUCACACACAGCAUCUGCUUAACGAGAUGGAGCUGUUGCGAGAGCUCGAAGAGGAACGCAAAAUGGCAGCGAACGCUAGCAAAUACUCAGCGUCAUCUUCGUCACCAGCAGUGGCAGUUAUAGCGCCCGAACCUCCGGAGAUUAUUGAAUUGGACUCAAAUUCAAACUCGACAGGUAGCGACCGACUCAAACAGCAGCAGCAACAACAAACCACGCAACAACAACAAACUCAGCAAAUAAACUCAACACAGCAGGACCAACAAAAUCAAUUGGAUUUAGCUGGACAACUUGCAAAAGUUUCAUCGGUACCACAAACUCCUGCCUCACCUUCGUCCUCUCCCGCUCUAGUGGUAGACAUAUCUGGCGGAACGCCGCUACAGAAAACAAAUAACGAAAGUGGCAUAAGUGUACCACCAGCACCUCUUAGCAUUUCAUUGCAUGAAUCUCAAACUAAUAUGGACGAAAAUUCCCAAGGUACUUUGAAUAUAACCGAAUUGAAUUGUAGUAAUAGCCGACAUCAACCUAUUGUGGACACGAUACUCGAUAUGGAGGAUAAUGUACAUCAAAAGCAACGUCAGCAACACCAAAAUUCAUUCGCAAGUGCUUUGCUUAGUGCAGCAUCUUCAUUUUCAGCGAAUGUGGACGCUGAUUCGGUACUAGACGAACCAGCAGAUGGUUUAAGCCUUUUGGGUACAUCAUCUAAAGAGUUAACCGAGGAAGAUAGUUUCCUUGCAACGCGAAAUCUGGUUGAAAAACUUCGCAAAAAGCGUAUUCGUACCGAUGAACCCAAAGAAGCCGACUUACUUAAGCCUCCUCCUACUCCAGCAAUACCCUCAGUGUUUCCAUUCCACAAUGCUGCCGAUCCAGAAGACAUUAUUCACGUGCAAAAAGAAAAUGCCGCAGCAGCAGAGGCAGCGGCAGCUGAGGCAAACAAUAUCCUCUUUGUCGGUGAAAGUGGUAAAGGUAGCAGUGGACCAUUGCAACCUCAGGAGCCACAGAAUAUUGGUGACAUAACAAAGAGCAGCACUAUUGGUGUUCCACCUGCGACGGUAACGACAACUUCUGGCGCAUACACUCGAACACCUCACUCGGUAGCCACAACGCCUAAUGUUACUCCCAACUCCAAUGCUUCCAUGAGCGCAAUGAAUGUUACCGCUAGCACCAACAUGUCAAAUAGUAACAACAGCAAUACCAACCUCAGUGGGCUAACAUACGUUGAGCCGGUGGUAAGCUUCAUGGAAAAAACUGUUGCGGCUGACAUUUGUAAUGCGCCGAUUUCGCCUCUACAACAGCAGCAGCAACAACAACAAACAGGGAACUAUGCACAGGUGGAGCAAAGACAGCCACAGCCGCCGGAUGUGUCAGAGAUAACAUCGUUCCUGGAAAAAGAACUCUCCAACAAACCAAAUAACAAGGAAAGCGCUGGAAGCAAUUUUAAUAAACUGCCAAAUGCUACAGGAGGAAGUGCCAAUGAGGUUCCCGAAGCCCCAGAUUUUGUAGACUUGCACGCCGCGGCGGCGAAGGAUAAUAUUGAUUUUACUACAGCUAAUCGCGUUGGAGGCAACAAUAAUAAAUUGGUGGUUGAUUGUGACUAUGAUGAGAAUACCCGUAUGCAAUCUCCCUAUGCGUUGCGUGCCACUCGCCUCUGGAAUGAGAAUGAGAUGAUUGCGGCACGACGCUCUUCAUCUCCAAGCUCAGUGUCAGAAUCGAAUGAUCAGACGAGUGCAAUGGAAAUGCAACAACAGCAGCAGCAACACUUACAACAAGUGGGCCACACAAUGCAACAACAACAACCAACGUCUCAUCUUCAGUCUAAAGAUUUGGUCAAUAAUGCACUGAAUGUUCAAGGAGGAGGAAUACAACAACCAACAGUUGCGCAAAACUGCAGCAAAGGUUACUUUAAUAGGGUUGAUUCAUACGACAUGCCAUUUACCCAUUCUCAGCAGCAACCGACGCAGCAACAGUCACCUCUGGUUAAUGGUAUUGAUUCAAUAAUGAAUUACAAUCAGGGGUAUAAUCAACAGCAAACAACACCCACGCAUACAACACAGCAGCAACAACAACAACAAACAACGCCGAAUCAAAGUAAUAACCAAUACAACGGCGGGUCUGUGAGCCUUUUCCACAAUACUCAAACUACCUUGCCGGUAAUGAAUCAAAUGCCUUUUGCUCCUAAUUCUGCAGUUGGCGCUAUGUAUCCUACAUCCUCGAACAUGAGUGGUAAUAUUCCCAUGUCAACGGCAACUUCGCAACAGCAACAGCAGCCGACAAACGAUGUGGGAAUAUAUAGCAUACGCGCUAAUGAUCCCAAUUCAGCGGGCUCAAAUAACACCAUAUCUGGUGCAGCUCCCCAAACGCAAUAUGGUGCCGCUGCUUUUACGUCAUCAACACACAACUUAGCGUUGACUGCGGCCAUAGUUGGCACACCGGGCGGGCCAUCAUUGCUUGAUCACCAUUCUCCGCACCAGCAGCAGCAUGCCAUGCACGCACAACAGUCUGCUGUGCCACAGCAACAACCACAAGCUGCCCAAUACGGCAUGAGUGUGCCGCCCGAUAAUGGUGCAGCAUCCAGUUUGUAUAAUCAAAUGAUAAUGCCCGUGCAGACUUCAAAUCAGCAGCAGCACCAAUCGCAAACGCCGCAAAAUUCAUCACCCACUAAGGAGUCGCCAUCUAAGCGCUCGUCAUCGCGCUACAAUCAGCAACAACAACAAACGCCUCGCAACUCGCACAAGUCUCCUCAAAUACAGCACAAAUCGCCUGGUAAAUCGCCACGUCAAAUGGAACUGCUUAGCAAACAGCUACAAUUGCAGCAGCAGCAGCAGCAACAACAACAACAACCGCCGCCACAACAGCAACAAGCUCUUACCGAAUUUACAAACAUUCCACAGAAACCGCCACCGCCACCACCAAAAUAUGAUCCAAUGACGCAUACGCUGGCGGGCAAACCACGUCAGCGCGCACCACGUGGUACUGGUGCUGGCUCGCGCGGUCGUGGACGUGGUCGAGGUAGAGGACGUGGCAGUAGCGCUGCUAACACAGUUAUACCGCUGCCGCCGCAGAUGCAGCACGAUGGCAACACACAUUACGUGAACAAUCUGGUCGGCACACCCUUCGAAUUCAAUUAUGAUGAGGAUCUGACCACACCGGGCGUCGAGAACUUGCAGUCGUUGCGCGAUCGUCGACGUUCGUUUGACGCCCGCUGUAAUCAGCAAGCGACUAUGUCGCAUCCACAUCACCAAACAACGUCCGACACACAAAAAUAUACCAGCCCAUCUGCGUAUGGCAGUUGCAAGGUGCGCGGUGCUGGCGCCGGCAUAGCAAAUUCUGCCACUGCUGGUAGCUUGGUGAACUGCAACAAUAGUGGCAGUAACAACCGCAAUACAUCGCAUCUAGCGGAUGCGCUUAAAGUGAACAAUACCACUACGUGCGACCACUCCAAUACUCAGCAAUCUCUUUUACAUUCCAUUGUGCAGCCGGUGUUGCCGGGUCCGGUGGACAUGCGCACUUAUAAUGUCUACGAGGCAUCCGCGUCGCAAGAGACGUACAACAAUAAUUUGCUGAGCGAUUUCGAUUCUGGAGCUGCAGAGCAAACACUUCCUGAAUUCGACGAAGAAGAUGAGAAGGAGUUCCAGUCAGCUUUGCGUGCUACCGGAUCAACUAUCUCCACAAAGCAAUUAACGCCAGCUUCGAGUGUCCAUAAUUCCGCUUCAGCUAAUGUCAGUGUCAAUGCUAAUGUGACAGCAACAAGUCUUAUUGGAAAUUCGAGCACUAUGACAUCGCUAAGUGAAGUAGGCGCUGCCGGUAGCCUUUCGAAUGCCUGUUCAACAUCGGUGAUUUCGGAUCUGGUUAUUACGGCUGAUUUGCAGACCUCUAUGGAGACUACUUCCGAGGAAGUCUCAAUUGAUUCGGACACGACGCUCACCACUAAAGCUUCGCUUUCCGACUCGCGCAACCAGCUUAAAUUAAAGAUCAAGGGGCCACUUGCCUGCCCUGAUAGCAGCUAUAACUACAUCUCGUCAAGCACUUCAAUAGGGGUACAUACUACCAGCGCAACGCAGGUCGCUGCCGGAAUUGUGCAAACAUCAGUGAUCGCUGCAAAUGUGGUGGGCGGUACCUCAGUAGGGGGCGGAGGCAUGAACUCGCGACGCAUGCGUAAAAAAGAGUUACUCAGUCUUUAUGUUGUACAAAAAGACACUCAUGUGGAUGAUUCGUCUGGAGGGUUACCGCCUACUGAGGUAGGUUUGACCAAUACUGUGGACAGCUUACGUAAAGGCGAUGGCUUGUGCGGUACACUGGAUGAAUAUGGUAGUGAGUUGGGACUUGCAGGGAGCUCGAAGCGGUCUAAGAAAAAUUCAGGUCGUGAACUGCGAUCAAUGGAUGCAGCUAGUGAUUUAACCGACAAUGGUGCAGCAUUGGGAAAUGACGGGCGUCGACGAAGUGCCUGUUCAUCGGGCAGCACAGACGAACGUGGUGGGAAAACUGGAGCAGCAUCGAGUGCAGGGAAGAGACGCGGACGAAGCAAAACGGUUGAGGGAUCCGAAGAUGAGCCCGCACCGAAAUUGAAGAUCAAAAUACGUGGCCUGGCCGACGGAAGUGUGAGUGCAACAACGAUAAGUGGCAAUUCCACAUUCGACAAUAGUUACCAGUAUGAUAUGUCGCGGCGCAUGGUAGCCUGCCCUCCCAAGAAACGACUGACUUCAAACUACACACCGCACACUUUCGAAGAUUAUCGUCGUGAAUCAAUGAACUAUCGCAAAAUAAUUAUGCAAGAUUUUGGCGAAGACGAUGAUGAACGCACAAGACGUGGUGCCGGUAGUAGCGUUUUAGAUACUUCGGUGUUGCCACCAACCAAAAAACCAAAGUCUUCCAAACCGAAGAAAGACAAGAAAGAAAAAAGGCGUAAUAAGGAAAAACAAACAUCUCCAGCCACAGCAACAGUUAUUGAAAAUAUGGCGAGUGCGUCACCAGGUGAAGCGCCAAAGCUAAUUAUACGCUUCGGUAAACGAAAAACCGAUGCACCGGAGAUUACGGAGCGACCCGCCUCUGAGGAAGCCACGGCGACACCACUAGUGACCGCUGCACCAAUUCGUUUGAAAUUGGCCCGAGCUUCUGAUGGUGAUGGGUAUGUUAUUGGACACAAAAAGAAAAAGGAGAAGCGUUCUCUAACAUCCACUUCUACACCAACGUCAACACCUGCCUCAACUCCAGGUGGCAACACAAAUUUUACACCCUUAGCGACAGCGACUCCUUCGUCAGCCCACACCACGCCUCCAACCAAAACUAUUAGGGAUUUAACUGGGGACGAUUCUGCCAAUUACAAUUGCAAUGUAAGCGGUGAGCGUACGACUCCAAACGUAGUCGCAAUGCUAAAUAAUUUUGGUGCCGUUAAUGCCGGUGGCGGUAUUAGUAAUCAAGAGGAAACGGAUCCGCUUGCCUCUACGCCGAAAGAGGCGAGCACACCGUCUCCGCGACUGGUGAUUGACACUUGCAAGGGUGUUGAUGUACACGAUUCCAAUACAGCUAGUUCCUUAGUCGAGGCUAUGUCGGUAAGCACAGGCAUUGGUGGCGAAACUGGCAAUUUGGGUAGUGCCUUUGAGCCCAUUGCACCUCUAUCGGUUAACUGCAAUGAGCACAGUAGCGGCAAUAGCAACAGCCACAGUCAUAGCGCUAGCAGCAGCAGUAGCGGUACUAGCGCCAGCGGGAGUAGCAUAAGUGGUGGCAGCCUAAAUAGUGGCAACAAUACAGCAAAUAACAAUAACAACAACAACAAUAGUAGCAGUAAUAGUCACAAUAACAAUAAUAAUAACAACAGUAACAGUGGUUUACUUCCAUUAAACAAAGACUGCGAAGUCAGAUGAUAAUCACGAAAUUGGUCCCCACAUAGUCAUUAGCGGCUUUAGUGGGCGCCAUAGUUAUAAUUAGAUAGUAUGUAGUCGAUUGAAAAGUGGGCGCAUGUGCAAAGGAACACGUUUACAUAGGGACAAUGAGACGAUUACUCGCCAGAAGGGUAGGGAAACGUACAGAUUUUGCGUUGGAGCGUUAUAUUUUUAACAUUAUUAAAAUUUCACUUUUGUAUGAUUUUAGGAAAAAACGUGUAAUAGGCCAACAUUUUAUUAAUUGUUCAAAACACAUACACGCAUUGUUUUAUUUAAUUCGAAAAACUUGAUUUUAAAAAUUAUAUUUUUAUUAUGUUGAAUAUUCUAUAUUUUUAACUUGACUGAGGCACCACUCCGCCUAGCCAUUUUGUAUUACAAAAACAGCAAAUGGAAGUCGUGAAGUUUCGUAGAAUUCAAAUGCUUUAAAAAAGAUAUUUGUCGUAAACUACAAAUAAUAAUGUCCCAUCUUUAUGCGACAAAAAAAAAACAUAAAUAUUAAUAUGUAUAUUUUUAGGUUGAAUUAUUUUAUUAGAAAAAUUAUUUUUAUAUUUAUUGAGCAAUUUAUUGCAGAAAAUGCUCAUGUAUGCUUUAUUUUGUGAUGAGUGAAAAUUUACUUUGUAUUGAACUAUUCCGUGACGUGUUAUUCCAAAAGCAAAACAUUGUACAUUAAAACUUGUAUAUUAUGUCCUAUAUUGUUGUAAAUAAUUCAGUUAAAAGUCCAGCACCAGAUACAUGUGUAUAUACAUGGCUGUCAUUAAUAAGUAAACAAACGAAUUUUGUUACCUCAAAUCCAUAUGUUUCGUUGUUCAUUUUCAGAAACUAGAGAGUAACAAUUUUUUUCGAAAAUCCUAUUUUUAAAUGGUAAAGAUAAGGAAAAAAAUUGAAUGAGUUAAAAAGUAGUUAAUGGCCGCAAUGGCCGCCAUUAUUUUGUGACAUUCUUGCUAAUCGCAUCGGUAAAGAAAGCACAUGCAACAUUUUCUACACAUCUCUGGGGAAGCCGGUUAAAUCUCUAAUGUUAGACUCUUCAAUUCAACCACAUUUCGUGGGCCUUUUGCACUUAUACGAGUUUUAAGCCGUGAUAGAUCUGGGCUUUGGGUGGGCCACUCCAAAAUAUUAAUAUUGUUUUCAGCAAAGUAUUUUGGAGCAAUUUUGGCUUUAUGUAUAGCUGUUAAACUAUUAAUUAUUAAAACAUUAUCUGCAUAUAAGUUAAUCCGCUUUUGCUGAUUUAUUUUAUUUAUAUAUAUAAAUUUUUUCGUAUAAACCGACCGUGCUUUCCUAUUUCACACGACCUUCAGAAAAUGUCUGUCGCACAAAUAUUUUUUAUUCUUUUAUCUGUUUUUUCUGUUGUAAUUUUUUAGUUGCUCUUGCGAAUAUCUACGCCCGCGUCUAUUAUUUUUAAAGGUUUUUUUAUCACUUGGCAUAUGCCAGCUGGUAUUUUAUUCAACAAUUUUGCAAUACUUCUGUGAGUUUACCCUUUUUCGUGUAGUUUGAUUACAGCUUUUCGUUUCUUUGUGGCUAGACGCGCACAAUUUGCCUUGUUUUUAAUCGAAAAUAUUAAUUGUACUAAACAUUUUUUGUAUUUUACGUAAAAAAGUUUACAUUAACAGUUUGAAAUGAAAGUAACAAAUUUAUGAAUUUAUUAUUUGUAAAAAAUCCGCAACACCAAUAGUUUAUAACAGACCGUUAUGUCUGCAGCAAUGUAGUGCAACGCCAAAGCGAUGAGCUGGUUUACUUAUUUUUGACAACCUCUGUAAAUACGCUAAUGAAGCUUUCUCACUAACACCUGCCUUUUUAUAUGUAUUGUAUAUUUUCGAAAAAUUGUUUUAUCACAUUCGGAAGAAAAAAUGGCCUUUCCCGAGUGUAUUUAGAUCCUUAAAUUUAUCUUUUCAGUAGUAAACUGUUUUGGAAAAUAUUCUCAUAAGUUCCGUUUUAACUUUAGAUUGGACUGAACAAAUAUUUAAUUUGACUGAGGUAGUUUAAGCCUUCAUUGGCAUUUUCUUAU